UUUGUUCUAUAAAAGCCGUAUUUUAAGCAAAUAUAGCUAUAACCAAUUGGAGCUUCAAGAUGAAUUGUGUUGCAAAAGUUGUUUUAUUCGCUUUAAUUGUUUUUUUGUCGUAUCAAAAAUGUAGCGGUUAUGGGGCCACGCCUACUAGAUAUGACCCCAAAUUAAAUCUCAGAACUGCAUCAGUGCAUGAAAUUUAUAAGAAUGCCAUGCUCACCGAAGACGAAUCAUACAGAACAAGAGCUGGAAAGGCUCUUACAAAUAAAUUAAAAGGCAAAACAAUUAAAUAUAUGUUCGGACCAAGGGAUGAAUUAGAUGAUGGGGGAAUUCCGAACACAUAUCAUGUAUCGACCGAGACAGUACUUUGCGAAGUUCUUGACUUAUUGGAUGUUAAACUUGACACCGUUGAAGUAAACUGGACAUCAUUCACAUGUCAGAGAGAUCUAGGCGAGGCAAUAGAAUUCUUUAAAUCACAUGGAGACCGUAUCAAUAACAUUAAUGGUCCAGAUGGAGAGAGCCUUUCAAAAAAAGCACCGUCACUUUGUAAAAUUUUAUAACACUUGGAUGGUAUUUUUUGAUGACAAAUUGUAUGAAAAAGUCCAUCGCUCGAAUGAAUCAUCAAUUUUUAAAUAGAAUGGAUUUAGCUUGUCGGAUUUUGCUAGGAUUUUGUUUCUCUCGGAGUGAGAAAUAUUUUGUGCAAAUCCAUAAUUGGGAAUUUUUGUGGGUUUUCACUCAAAAACUCAAAUUGUGGAUGCAGACUGAGUUUUUCGGUGAAAAUCAACAAAACUUUCAUACUAUUGGAUUGAACAAAAUAUUUCUCACUCCGAGUGAAACAAAAUCCGACACGCCUAGUAUGCAAAAUAAAAAUGAUUGUAUGUUUUUUGCAUGUAA